GUUAGCAAAGGUGGACUCGGACCCGGGAGCAGGGUUCCCUCAGUCAAUCACUACAGCGGACUUGACCCUAGCUAUCACAACUGAGGCGAGGGGAUAAACAGAGGCAGUGGGGGAGAGAGGGAAACUGAGGGCCUGGAGCUACGUUGCCAGCGGGAAUUGUAGUUUUUGGUUUCUUGACGUCUCUGCCGGGCAGGCUUAUGACUGAGCAGAUUUGUACUACAUCUCCCUAAGUUCUUUACGAUCCCGGGUUGGCCCGCCUCUGGAGAGCUCUGCAUUGUGGGAUAUGGAGUCCGAAAUGUGGCGAGGCGUGGCAGUGUCCAAAGAGAGAUGCCAGACUCGGACUCGGUUUCCCUGCGACCUCAGUAGGCUCGCGGGCCAUUGGCUGAGCGGGGAGGAUCUUGUCCCGCUCCUCCCCGCCCCCAGUGACACAAUAGCAGCUCCCUCCAAGAUGGCGGCGGCGACGGCUGACCCGGGAGCUGGGAGCCCGCAGGCUGGAGAUUCCUCUGGCGGGGGCGCUGGGGGCGGGCUGCCGUCCCCAGGGGAGCAGGAGCUGAGUCGGCGCCUGCAGCGCCUGUACCCCGCGGUCAACCAGCACGAAACGCCGCUGCCGCGCUCCUGGAGCCCCAAGGACAAGUACAACUACAUCGGCCUCUCCCAGGGCAACCUCCGCGUCCACUACAAAGGUCAUGGCAAAAAUCACAAAGAUGCUGCCUCAGUGCGUGCCACGCACCCCAUACCUGCUGCCUGUGGCAUUUAUUACUUUGAGGUGAAGAUUGUCAGCAAAGGAAGAGAUGGGUACAUGGGAAUAGGACUCUCAGCUCAAGGCGUCAACAUGAACAGACUUCCUGGGAAGAAGGAAGUACGAAGUCUGAAGUGCCUAGGAUUCACCAUGGAACUGGUAUUAGAAAUGGAGAGGGAAGAGAAAUUUGAGGGUUGGGAUAAACAUUCCUAUGGUUACCACGGCGAUGAUGGGCAUUCGUUCUGCUCCUCUGGGACUGGCCAGCCCUACGGUCCCACAUUCACCACAGGAGACGUGAUUGGCUGCUGUGUCAACCUCAUCAACAGCACCUGCUUCUACACCAAGAAUGGCCACAGCCUUGGUAUAGCCUUCACAGACCUCCCGGCCAACCUCUACCCCACCGUAGGCCUGCAGACACCUGGGGAGAUUGUGGACGCCAACUUUGGGCAGCAGCCCUUCCUGUUUGACAUUGAGGACUACAUGCGGGAGUGGCGUGCCAAGGUCCAAGGCACUGUCCAUUGCUUCCCCAUCAGUGCCCGGCUUGGAGAGUGGCAGGCAGUGCUGCAGAACAUGGUCUCAUCUUACCUGGUGCAUCAUGGGUAUUGUGCCACGGCCACAGCUUUUGCCCGAAUGACUGAAACCCCGAUUCAGGAAGAACAAGCAUCCAUAAAGAACAGACAAAAGAUCCAGAAGCUGGUGCUGGAGGGCCGUGUGGGUGAGGCCAUUGAGACCACACAACGCUUCUAUCCAGGACUGCUGGAGCAUAACCCUAACCUGCUCUUCAUGCUCAAGUGCCGACAAUUUGUGGAGAUGGUGAAUGGGACUGACAGUGAGGUCCGCAGCUUGAGCUCCCGAAGCCCCAAGUCCCAGGACAGCUACCCUGGCUCCCCCAGCCUCAGCCCCCGACACGGCCCUAGUAGUUCCCACAUGCACAACACAGGAGCAGACAGUCCCAGCUGCAGCAAUGGCGUCGCAUCUACGAAGAGCAAACAGAACCACAGUAAAUACCCUGCACCCAGCUCCUCCUCCUCCUCCUCAUCCUCCUCGUCCUCCUCAUCCCCAUCCUCCGUCAAUUACUCCGAGUCCAACUCAACAGAUUCCACCAAGUCCCAGCCCCACAGCAGCACCAGUAACCAGGAGACCAGUGACAGUGAGAUGGAGAUGGAAGCAGAGCAUUACCCCAAUGGUGUGCUGGAGAGUGUGUCCACACACAUUGUCAAUGGCGCCUACAAGCAUGAGGACCUGCAGACAGAUGAGUCCAGCAUGGAUGAUGGGCAUCCUCGGCGGCAGCUCUGUGGGGGCAACCAGGCUGCCACAGAAAGGAUUAUCCUGUUUGGUCGCGAGUUGCAAGCACUGAGUGAGCAGCUGGGCCGGGAGUAUGGCAAGAAUUUGGCCCACACGGAGAUGCUGCAGGAUGCAUUUAGCCUGCUGGCAUACUCAGAUCCCUGGAGCUGCCCAGUUGGCCAGCAGCUUGACCCCAUCCAGAGGGAGCCUGUGUGUGCUGCCCUCAACAGCGCCAUUUUAGAGUCUCAGAACCUGCCAAAGCAGCCCCCUCUGAUGCUCGCCCUGGGUCAGGCAUCUGAAUGUCUACGGCUCAUGGCCAGAGCGGGCCUGGGAUCUUGCUCCUUUGCCAGAGUCGACGACUACUUGCACUAGCUGACCACGCUGGCUGGCCCCACCUGGCCCUUCCUCAGCCCCAGGGCUGGAGCAGCCCUGCCCUCCAUAGGCAUCUGGCGCAGGGACCUGGAAGCCAUGGGCAGAGUCCAUUCCUCCUGCCUGGCCUCCCCAACUCCGUUUUCUUUUCUUUUCUUUUCUUUUCUUUUCUUUUCUUUUCUUUUCUUUUCUUUUCUUUUCUUUUCUUUUCUUUUCUCUUCUUUUCUCUUCUUUUCUCUUCUCUUCUCUUUUCUCUUCUCUUUUUUCUCUUCUCUUUUCUCUUCUCUUCUCUUUUCUCUUCUCUUCUCUUUUCUCUUCUUGUUUUCUCUUCUCUUUCAUUUCUUCUCUUUCUUCUCUUCCCUUUCUUCCUUCCUCCCUUCCCGCCCCCCCCCCCCCCCGCCAGCCCUCAGUCUCUGUCUUCGCGUGCAGCGGCCUCUGACACAGUAUUGGCUGGUUACUCUCAUGUAGCGCCUUCUAGUUUGAAAGGGGGGUUUUGUUUUGAGGAGGGGUUGGGGUUUUUUAAAUCUUUUUGUUUUUUUCCUCCUGACUGAGCCACCAGUAUUUAUCUCUGGAGAGCUUGUGCUGAGCUGGUUUCUGCUCAUUUAGUGAUGAAGCCUAUCCAAGUUGGUGAUAGCUUACUAUUUUCAUAAGUAAAAAAAAAAAAAAAUGAGAUUAUAUAUAUAAAUAUAUAUAUUAAAAAAAGACACAGUAUUUAUCGUAGUGUUAGUGAUCCAGCACCUCUUGGGUGAGGCUGUCCGGACACCAUAUGUUUUUAUUUGAGACCAACUCAUUAAAAAAGAAUCAUCUCUGUCACCUCAGCCAAGUGAUUUGUUUAUUUCAGGCUUCCCCUUUGUUGAGCCACAGGCCCAGCUGCAGCUCCUGGAAGCCCAGUAGGCUUUGGGGGGCCACUUAGUGGGCAGGUUUGCAGCAUCUGAAAGGUGUGGGUCCCUAGGCCCCUGAGAGUUGGGCUGGGUGGACAACUAUAGGGCUGAGGCUUCAGAGAAGGAAUGAGUUGGUUGGCCAGGGCUACACAGCAAAGCAAGGGAGUAGAGGGUCCUUGGCCAGCACGCUAUCUACCGUUCCACCCUGCCUCUCACUGCCUACCUUGCCCCUCCCUUUCUCCCCCCACUCAGCAUCCUGUUUUCCCUUGUUAAGAUGGCCAAAUAAUUCAUUUACUCUAAAUUGAUUGCCUGGAAACUACCUGCCUUUGACUCGAGUGCUGCUGUGUGUCAGGCUGCGGGGAGGAUGUCUCCAUUCCAGGACAGAGGCCCUUGAGUACAGGGACUGCCUUCUUUCUGCCUGGAUCUUCACCAUCUCUGCACAGCUCUGAUGGAAUCCAUGCUUUCUGUUGUGAAGCUAGGACCUUGUGGAGGCAGAUACUUGGGCCACCAGUUGCUGGAGUGGAUGGAACUCUUGACCUACUAAGCCAGGCUUCACUGCAGCUGUGCCAGGCAGCUCCCUGCAGCUUGGUCCCAGCCACUCUUAGAAAAGACUAUUAUGAGUAUUUGUUGGCCAGAGGAAGGGACCUCAUGGGCUCUACAAAUGUCCCACCAGCCGUUUCAGAUGGAUCUUCACAGCUGGUGGUGUAGAAACAGUCCCGGUACUGCCAUCAGGGAAUCAGGAGAGGAAGGGCUGAGAUGACUGUUGGGACUUGAGCAAGCCAUCAGUGGAGAGGACUGACUGCCUAGGAGGAAGAAAAGGAGGAGGCCUACCCAGAGGAGCACCAAGAGGGGCUGGGCUUUCCCUACCUGCUUCAUAGUGAGAGGGAGUGCACAGGUAGCCCUUGCCAAGGGGCAAGGCCAGAAAUUGAACUUUGAGUCCCUGCCUGGGAAAAGGCUAGAUAAACUCCUGCUCUCUGGCAGCAGACAUAGGGAUGGUUGGUACAGCCUGAGAUUCAUUGCCUGUCACGCCCAUAGCUGGACAAGAAAUGUGACUCAGUUGGACCAACUACUCGUGAUGGGGGUAAGGGCCCUGACCCUGUGCUUUCCCCGAAUUCUGCCUUGGGGCAUGAUCCUAUAAGCUGCUGCUUUUUCUUGGUCCCCACCUGGGCCUUGGCUGGCACCCCACAGACCAUGGCCUGUUGGAGAGGUGUUGUCAUGUCUGUAAAGGAAAACUCAUCCUGUGCGAGGCUGGGGAUGGCUAGCUCCCAAAUGCAGAGGUUAAAAACAUCAAGGUGUUAAAAUGAUCAGAGCUGAGCAGGAUUGGGCAUUAAAACCAGAGGCUUUUUUUAGCUGGAAUGGGGUUCAGAGACCAUCUACUCCACCAGUCCUCUCGUUUAAUAAGGAAACAGGCCUGGGAGAUUAAAUGACUUAGCCAAAGUCACAGAGCAGGUUAGUGGCAGAGCUGGGACUAACCUCAUCCCCAUGGGCUGUACGACACUGUUUAGUCUUGAAGCCAAAUGGUGAGUGAAAGGCUUAGGCUGGUGAGGCCCCCAGCAGUGUCUAAGCAGCUGGUAUCUUCAGGGGUGUGUCAGGGAUGGGGAUGGGUGGCUGGGCUUGAAUUGUGGAGCAGCUGAGAGAGGGCCCAAGAGGGCCCGGGACAGCUGUGUGCUGCUUGGGGUUGAGUGUCCACCUGGCUCGCGCUCAGUUCCCAUGGCCAUCUCCCCAUUUUCUGUGCCUUAUCUCUCUGUUUCAGCUGAGUCCAAGUUGUUUACUCUGUUCCUCUCCAGAGGGGCUCUCUGUCCCAAUUGGACAGCUUACCUUUGGGACAUAAGCCUUUGCCCCACAAGCCAUGGAGAGGAUCAAAACCAAGCUGCUUGAGUCCACUAUCUUGCUGAUAGUCCAGGGCUGCCUGCCAGCCAGAGGAGCCCCUUAUGCACACCCAGUCCUACCAGCCUGUUGUCUGGGAGCCAACAGUGGGGAAGGCACCUGGGAGGAGCCCCAGUGAAGGGCUGGACCUGACCCAAGAGGACAGGAAGAAGACCUGGCUCUGUUGGGUCAUCCAGCCCUGGGGGAGCAGCCUUCCCUGUUUACCUUUUUCCCUUGUGCCACCAGAUGUUACCUUCCAGAGCGGACACUGGCAGAUGAUGCAAAGAAAGCCAGAACCUCUGAUCCUCACCCACAUGGGUCUGUGGCUGGGGGGUAGGCUGCCAGAACAGGGACACUAAGAGAUGGGGAAAUGGGGACUGCCCAGCCACCCAGCACCUUCCUACCCCUUAAGCAAGCACAAAGAAGAUGAGGCAGAGAAUUGUCAGCGCUGAAAGUUCCUUUGGUUGCUCACAACUCAGGUAUGCAUGCAUGUGGCAGCCAGGCAGCAGAGCCCCCACUUGACUGCCAGUCCCGUGCACCGGACCUGUGGCCAGUUCAUGGACUCUGGCUGCCUCAGGUGCCACCUCUUUGCAUAGGGUUUUCCUCCAUUAGUAACUACAGCUGAAACAGAUGUCCUCCACAUUGUGCACACUGGUUCUGCCUUUGUCCUUGCGAGUUGAUACUUGGCAUUAGCAUGAAACUUGUGGGAGGGUUUAGAGAGAAUUCUAACACAAAACAUCCUAUUAAAUUGUACUUGAGAAAUGAAAAAACUCCCGUUGUAUUUUGACAGAAUUAUUUUUAUUAAAAUAUACAUCCAUGAGCA